AAUGCACUAAAUGUAAAAAUCAAUUAAUGGAACCUAAGGAUUUCGAUUCAGAAUCUCUUUCACAAGAGUUUCAAGUUUUAUCUUGUUUUACUAAUACAUAUUAUGAAACUGAUGCAAAUGAUUUUAUAGAGCAUAACAAGUUCACUUAUAUAAAAAACCAGAAUGUAAAUUCCGAAAAGAAAAUUUGGAUGAGUUAUAGAAAUAAUCCUAGUAAAGAUUAUUAUAUGUAUUAUCAAGUAGCAGAAGGUGGUUUAGAACUAUAUGACUCAUUCGUUGAUUGUGUCAAGCGAGCAGUAUUUGAAGAGACUAAAUUAGAUUUGAAAGAUUUUUAUUUUAUUAUAUAUGAUGAAGAAUUUCAUAUAUUUCCUGACUGCUCAGAUCAUGAAAUCAUGUUCAAAUCUGAAGCAUAUACUAUCAAUGAGUUUAAAAAUCUCAAAGAUACUGAUUCUUUGAGACUCAAAGAAUCAAUAACAAAUUAUAAAUCUGGUCAUGAUUUUGAACAAAUUAUUGGAAAAAUUGCAGAAGCUUUUGGUUUAUUAGCUUAUGAAAUUAAAGUAAUACAAGAUAAUCAUGAAAUUGACCUUAUUGUGACUUAUAAGGAAAAACUUAUUCUUGUUCAAUAUGAUGAUGAUUAUGUAGAAUUAGUUAAUUUCAAAGCAGAUAGUUUUAAUGUAUUAAGUUUAUUAGAAGAAAAUGUUUCUAUUGAUAAGAUAAUUUUUCUUUUCAUAAUCUUUAAAACAAUUGCAUACAAAAUAUUAAAAUUAUUUGAUGAACAAACUCAAAAACUCACAAGAUUGAAUGGUCUUUUAUCAAUUUUUGAUAGCUAUGUAAAAGCUAUUAAUGAUGAUAAUAAUCAUUGCACUUCAUAUAUGAGAAUAGCAUUAAAAAUCCAAUUAGAAGAAUUGGGAGAAUUCGAUUUCAAAUAUUACAAAACCGAAUUCGAAACUUCCAAAAAAAAAAUCAUGAGAAUUAUUAAUCAUAAAUUAGAUCCUGUAUUAAAUAAUAUGAUUGAACAUAAAUUCUAUUCUACAUCUAAUAAGAUUUAUCAGAAGGUUGUGAUAACAAAUUUCUAUGAAAAAAGAGCUCAACUCACUAAAUAUUUGGAUUAUGAUUAUAUUAUUGAAGAUCGUAAAUAUGAGGAUAUCAAGAUAUUUAAUAAAUUUCUAGUUGAUAAAUACGAAAAGGAUUAUAUCGAUAGGAAAGUUGAUGAAAUUGAAUCUCUUCCUCCAUAUAAG